CCGGACAAUCCCCCUCCCGGACGAUUCCCCUUACAUAUUAUUUUCACAACCCGGACAUUUCCCCUCCCGUUAUUUUAAUAGGGCGGACUUUUCCCCUCCCGUUAAUUUUACAGGGCGGACAAUUCCCCUCCCGUUAUUUUAGCAGAGCGGACAAUUCCCCUCCCGUUUUUUCACAGAGCGGAACGUGACAUUAUACAUCCCUUAAUCAUAGCCGCCUAUGCGAUUAAAAAAUCUAUAAACAUUCUAAUUAAAGAUGACAGUCUUUACUCUUAACAACAAACUGUUAAAGAUCGGAACUUUUAACAAUCAUUAUUUCACAAAGGUGACAUUAUACCGCCUUUAAUCAUUGCCGCCGCUGCUUAAGAUAAACAAACUGUCAAUAAAAAAUCUUUAAUCAUUGCCGCCCUUAAUUAAAUGUGUCCUUAAUUGCAAAACCAAUUAUUGAAAAUUAUUAAUUAUCGUUAAAGCAGUUCACAAUAAUUGUUUUGUAAUUAGUGCACAAAAAGUAUUUACUAUUUUAUAAUUAGUCUAUUUAUUAUUAAAGAUGACAGUUUUUACUCUUAAAAACAAACUGUUAAACUGAAAACAUUUAUAAUAUUGUCAAAUCUUUCUUCAAAUCACUUCCAAAAUGGAAAUUAUUACAACAAGAAACGGUACCAAAAAACUUUGUCAUGAUGGAUACGUUUAUACCAAGAAGAGAACAACAAAAUCUACUAUACGAUGGGAGUGUUCCCAGAGGUACGCCCAAAAAUGCAAGGGUGCUGCGGUGACAGACUUGAACAUGACGAGUGUUCAUUCAGUAACUUCUCACACACAUGACGCAGAUAAAUUCGCAGUAGAAGCCAUAAAAAUUAGAACAGAAAUAAUGAAUGCAGCUGAUGCUAAUAGAGGAAAACCUGGUCAGAUUCUUGCUGAUAAACUGCUCCACUAUCCAGUGCAGGUGCGCGCAGCAACAGGACAACAUGAAUCUCUGAAAAGAUCGAUUAGACGUGUAAAAAGAGGACAAGCACCAAAAGAACCAACAUCAAUUAACGACAUUCCACAUCCACUACCGAAUGAUUACACCACUACAAAUGCAGGAAAUGAUGAACCAUUCCUGAUACACGACAAUGCGUCCGACACAAGCCGCCUCCUUAUAUUUUCAAGUGAAACCGGAUUAGAACUUUUAGGAAACGCUCAUACUUGGUACAUGGAUGGAACUCAUUCCACAGCACCACAGCAGUUUGGACAAUUAUUCUGUAUAAGAGUUCCAUUAAGUGAUUCACAUGUUUCGGUGGUGUACGCUCUAUUACCUGGUAAACAACAGUCACACUAUGAAGAAUGUUUUACAGCAAUUUUAGACGUGUGCUUACAGAAAGACAUCCGGCCCAACCCAGCAACAAUCGUCGCAGACUAUGAGAUCGCCAUACACAACGCGGUGAGAUCAGUCAUUGGCUCAAGUAUCCAUAUACAGGGUUGUUUUUAUCAUCUAACACAAGCUACAUGGCGUCAUAUUCAAAGCGAAGGGUUACAGUCGUUAUACAGAGAAGACAAGGAUAUCAGACACUUCUGUGGUCAAUUAGACGGCCUUGCCUUCCUUCCAGCGAGCAAGGUGACUGAAGGAAUGUCGCUUCUUCGAGAUUCAGCCCCAGAUGUCUUGUCAGGUUUAGUAGACUAUUUCGACUCAACGUACGUUUCUGGGUCAUACAGAUCAGUGCUAUGUAAUGGACGAAUUCGACUACGAAAGACAUCACCAAGAUUCGAUCCCCAAGUAUGGAAUGUUCAUGAAACAACACUUAAUGACGGUGACCGCACCAACAACGUUUGUGAGAGUUGGAACAAUGGUUUUAGACAUCUUGUAGGACACAGUAAUCCAUCAUUGUGGACAGUUAUAAAUUGCCUCCAGAAAGACAAUUCAUUAGUAGAGACAGAGGUGUAUAGAGACAGUGUAGGAGAAAAAUGUGACGAAACAAGUGACCAGCAAUCAGGUUCGAGUGUUCCAGCAAUCUGUGUUCUAGUGAUCCGAGGUACAACAAUAUACAUUACAAAGGAAGUUGGCAAAGACUGGGCAAUGAGGUCGAGCCAAGGGGAGAGGAAAGAAAUUAAUGGAAAGAUAGAUCUAGAAUGCCAAAAGCCUGGUUAA